AUGCUAAACCUGGAGUCGCUUAACACAGGCCUCACACGAGUCGUGAGCGUGAAGAAAUACCCUGUCACACGAAGGCAGCAACUGCACCUGUCACGCACCACCAAAGGUCGUGUUUUCCGGAUUGGGGUCCUUCACAGCAAAGAAAUGACUGAAGCAAUGCUCCUGAAGAACCGACGUGGGUUUGUCAACAGUCAGGUGAAUACGGUGGCUCACGCCCCAUCCCUCUAUCACUGGCUUUUUCACCGCUGCGGUGUGCCGUUUGAGGAGGCUGCAGAGUUGGCAAGCAGCGGCGGUUUAACCGUUAAUGGCAUCACGGUUGACCGCAGCGAGCUGGAGGCGCAGAGAGACUGGGCUGCGUUCCAGCAAAAGGACAUCCUCAUCCGCGUGCCGGCUCCACUGUCUGAACGCACCGCCGGCCUAUCGAGCCGCUAUGGGAACAAAGAAACUCCCUCCAAUAGAGACAAUAACGGUGAAACUAACGGUAGUAGCAGUUCUAAAGCUUCGCUGUGGGUUCCAGCACUGAAACGGGCAUUACACCGGCAGUACUUUCUUAUCUAUCUUCACCCCGGGGUAUCCAUCACCUCAGAUCAAACGGAUCCCCGGAGUUUCGUACACCGACUCACUCCGACUAUUGGAAGCACAGCGGGGCUCGGAAUGAAUAUUCUACGGCCGAUCGGUUUUAUGAAUGGAAUGAAGGGUAUAGGAAUCGCAACAAACGAUGUCUCCAUGGUGCGCUACUGGAACAACGAGUUCUUGGGGAAUUUUGGUGUCUACGACGUUCGAUUCCCGAGAGGUGUGCCGCCCGAAGUAUUGUGGCGACUGUCAGAGGAAAUAAAUGCAGACUUGGAUAACGGAAUCAGGAAGCAACUAAGUCGAGAUGUGAAGGUACCCUGCACCUGUGCAGUCGAGCCCGUCCCAAUAUUUAAGCAGCAUCGACAAACGCAACGACGCGAUGUCGUGUCUGACGUGUACCCCCAAGCACUUCAUAACGAACGACUAGUGAUAAGAACUCCGCUCCUCCCUUAUCGAGUGGCUCGGAAGAUACGGCAUGCCAGUGGUCUUACGACGUUGGUGCGCUCCGGCCCGUUCGUAUUUCCGCCAUCACUACCUGAGGUAAAGGCCCGCCAGUUGUCACCACAGGAGCUGGCUCUCAUGUUCACAUUUGAGCGCAAACUCAAGACGAACCGUGUGAUACUUAGCCUGCGUGAGUUUGAAGCAGAUGCACACGACGACAUUGCGGGGGAACGACGUGGGCUAUGA